AUGUGCAUCGUGUUGGGCCGAGUUCAAGACCCGAAGGCAAAGACCGAUAACCGCCCAGUCGAGUCCACAGCCAUGCACACGACUGAAUUAAACAUCGAAGGAAAGGAAGACGGUGAACUAUCACGCCUUCCGCAAGCUAUACUUCAUUUCUCGAUCCCCACAAGACUAAAGCGGCCCAUUGUCGCUGGCAGUGACGCUGAUAGCGUCAUACCUCUGGUCACUCGCCCCUUUAUCGCGUCGACAAAGGCGGGAUUCGACAUUGCUGGUCCCGACUUGCCUUUCCUGGGUACUAAGGAGCCUUACGUUUCCGGCGUCUCUUGCGAGUGUUCUGCGACUUCUACAAUUCCUGAUGCGCCGCAACUUGACGUGCACGAGCGCUGA